UUCAGCCCCCAAUACGCCUUCCUUGUUGCACAUACAUCCUGAUAGGCCACCGACCCACACCUAAUAAUAAGACGGGGGCUAGCGUAAGGCCCCUUUGCAAGGCUGAGGCUGAGCCAAGCCCAUGCGUUUCACGGUUGCGAAUGCAACCUGGGCUGUCUUAUAGCAUUGAGAACUCAGCCUGCUCAUCAAUUUCGCUGCACGAGGCUGUAACGGCAGCAGUCAACGAAGAUGACCGCGACGAUGAAUGGAGCAGCAGAGGGCGAGAAGCCGCAAAUGGUGAUCGGGAUUGAUUUGGGCAUGACGUGCACAGGCGUCGCCUACGCGAAUCUUUCCAUCGGAAGCGAGACCAUUCGUUGGGUCCAGAAAUGGCCCGGCCGCUUCCAAGCAAACGAAAACAAGGUCCCAACAGUCGUAGUAUACCCAACGGCAUCAUCCAAUCCAACCCCGUCUUCUUGGGGCUUCCUAUCGGAAACAGUGGCCGAGACAACAGCCCAAGACAAAGACUAUAAAGAAUGGUUCAAAACACUCCUCUCACCACCUCACCUGCUGAAGAAGCAACGGUCCGACCCAGAAAAUGCUCCAGCCUCGAUGGAGGAGGUGGAAAAAUGGUACCGGGACUACCUUAGCAAGAUGUACGAAUACCUCGCGUUCAAGCUAGGUGGAGAGUUAUCUGGCGUUAGCUGGGAGACAGCCCGUGUAGAGUUCAUCUUCUCGGUUCCAACAACAUGGGAGCCAGUUCCUACAGUGGAAAGGUUCAAGACUAUUAUAGGACAGGCCGGGUUUGGAGUGCAAACAAAUCACGUGGUAACAAUAGGCCUCACAGAAGCUGAGGCAGCAGCAGUACACGUAUCCACCGAAGCACCUGGUAUAUUCCGUGAGAAUGAUAUCCUCUUGGUCUGCGAUGCCGGUGGCGGCACAACUGAUCUGUCUGUCCUCCGUGUGACCGGAACCGCGAACCAAGCCAUCAACCUGCAACAACUCGACGUCGUUUUUGGUGAGACCAUCGGCAGCGCAGCAAUAGAUUAUGAGUUCGAAAAGCUCGUGUGUGAGAGACUGGAGCGAGCGCAUGCUAUUAAGCCAUUGCCCAUUGACCCAGCCGAUGCUGCGUGGGAGAUGAUGAAGAGUCGGGACUUCCAGGCUGUCAAAUGCGAGUACGGUGCUCCGGACGACACACCGAUUUUCAGUAUCGGGAUUCCAAAGCUAUCACACACCUACAACAACGAGGAAGCGAGAAUUCGCAGUGGCGAGGUGGCUUUCGAUCGCGAAGAUUUGCAGCGACUGUUCGACAAGCAAGUAAACAAGCUUCUCCAGCUCAUUGAUACCCAGCUGCAGAUUCUGUACCGCAAGUAUCCGGCAGAACAAGUCGCACACAUAGUUCUCUCGGGUGGCCUAGGCAACUCGGCAUACGUACAGACCCGAUUACGGCAACAUUAUGCAGUGACCAGUAUCCCUAAUGCUCACGGAAUAUCUGUACGCAUAGCUCCGGAUCCCCAGCUAGCAGUGUGCAAAGGUCUCGUCGCAGACCGCGUACGGAAGCUGAUCACAAACUACUCUGUGCUCGGAUGGCGAUGUUGUCGCUCAUCGUACGGAACAAUGUGCAAGAUCAUGUACGACAAGAAGAACCCAGAUCACAUAGGAAAGCAGCUCGUCCGUGAUCCAUUGAAUGGAAAGAUGUAUAUCAUGCAGUCGAUUGCUUGGUUUGUCAAGAAAGGAGAACCUGUAUCAGUUGAUAAGCCAAUAGUCCACAACUUCAUCAAGAAAGUGACACCGGGCGACCCACGCAGAACUUUCCCCACCAGCGUUAUAGAGUGCAAGCUCGAUGCGCCUUACUUGCCCGAUCAGAUGAGCCCGGACACGCGUGUACUCUGCGAAAUAUCUUCCGACCUGUCCUCAGCGGACGAAAAGAAGUUCACAGAGAAGAAUAAGCGCUUUUGGUCCCUCGGAAAACAUUACUUCAGGGUCGAAUACCAAGUGCGUGUCCUAAUAGGACCGGCUGACAUUCGCUUUGAGCUGUGGUUCGACAACCAGAAACUCUCCCGCGAUCAGUCGAUCACGGUAGAUUGGGUGCCGGCACCUACAAUGCCACCUCCACCACCAGUCGAUAUCUCGACCUACAAUAGGGUGGAGCUGCCCGACAACUAUCCAACACACAUGUCCGGAGGUUUAGGAGACGCAGGAGCGCCUGGCAAUCCGAGGGUUGAUAGGACGGGCACUGAGAUUGUAGACACGAGUGUUAAAGAGAAGAUAGGGAAGGUUGGUAAGUUCUCGGGGAAAUUAGGCAGGUCGUGGCCGGUGUACAAGUAAGCGAUAGCACCCGAAUGCACAGAUGACGCGCCGA